AUGUCCUUUUUGUCGCCAUCAUUGAAACUGGAAAAUCUUUCCGACAAACCUAUAAUGAGUCUAGACUAUUUGCCAGAAGAAAAGCGUUACAAUAAAAAUAAUAUCGUUGCUAAGUGGUGUGCACCGAUGAAUGGUAAAAUGUACCGCAUUGAACUAGAACAUGGCACCACAAGCGGUAGACGUAUGAUAUGGGUAAACGGAAAGGAAGUUUUACGACGUGAUUGGAUGUUUAAAUUAGUAGGAGAGGAUACUUUUUAUAUCGAAGAAUCGCGAUGCAUUAUAAGAGUCAAUCCAGCACCAGGUUUUAAAUAUGAAUACCUAUUAUUUAUUGAUGGUAAGCCACAUGAACAAUAUACAGAGGAACAAACAAAACAGUAUCGUCUGUGGCUUGUGACACUUAACGACGUUGAGUAUCGUAUAAUGCUUGAUAUAGAUUCCUUAAACUUGUAUUUAAAUGAUAACGUUCGAGAGGAAACGAGUGAAUUUGUCGAUGGUGGCACAGAUACAAGAUUCUAUGAAAAUGAUAACGAGAUUGUUUUACAAGCACGUUCAAGUGGCAACAAACAUGAUGGCAUUGUUCAUACACUUAUUGUUAAUGGUGAAGUUGUUCCAGAAGCCAAAAUUCAGGAAAUCUUGCAAGAACCUGUUUCGAUAUUGUCUACCUAAACCUAAAAGUAAUUUAAAGUAUAAAUUAAAGUAGGAGAAGAUUUGUAUA